CCGGGCAUGGGCGGCGCGGCGGCGGGCGGGCGCUGAGGGGCCGGCGGCUGCAGGAUGGAGGCGAUCUGGCUGUACCAGUUCCGCCUGAUCGUCAUCGGCGACUCCACCGUGGGCAAGUCCUGCCUCAUCCGCCGCUUCACCGAGGGGCGCUUCGCCCAGAUCUCCGACCCCACCGUGGGCGUGGAUUUCUUCUCCAGGCUGGUGGAGAUCGAGCCUGGCAAGAGGAUCAAGCUGCAGAUCUGGGACACGGCCGGGCAGGAGCGGUUCCGGUCCAUCACCAGAGCCUACUACAGGAACUCGGUGGGAGGACUCCUCCUCUUUGACAUUACAAACCGCAGGUCCUUCCAGAACGUCCACGAGUGGCUGGAGGAGACCAAGGUGCACGUCCAGCCCUACCAGAUUGUCUUUGUUUUGGUGGGCCACAAGUGUGACCUUGACACACAGCGGCAAGUGACCCGGCACGAGGCGGAGAAACUGGCUGCUGCUUAUGGUAUGAAGUACAUUGAGACCUCAGCUCGGGAUGCCAUUAACGUGGAGAAGGCCUUCACUGACCUGACUCGGGAUAUAUACGAGCUGGUUAAAAGGGGGGACAUUUCAAUCCAGGAGGGAUGGGAAGGGGUAAAGAGCGGGUUUGUCCCAAACGUAGUGCACUCUUCAGAAGAAGUGGUGAAGUCAGAUAGGCGGUGCUUGUGCUGAGCUCCUCUAGUGAGGCGAGUGGUGAUGAACUCUACUAACCAAACGUACUUUACUAAGCGAACUCGGUGUGACAGAGGGGAGAGCAACACUCCCGUUGGGAACAGCCUCCCACAUUGUUUUGGACACCAGAACAGAGCCCGGAAAGAAAUGUUCUGUUCCAAAUAACCUUUCAGAACUGGGGGCUAUAAACCUGAAGCAGAGUGAGUGAGGGUGCAUGUAGAUGUUGUAAGGAGACAGGAAGCAGAAAUGAGGGGCUGCACAAGACGGGAGAGAGUAUACAGAGAGCUGAAUGGGCUGGCACAUGGCAGGGUACUGUACAUGUCCUCUUUUAAGUAAAUCCAUAGCUCCCUGUUGGGUGUUGAAGCCACAGGAUGGAUACUUUACUAGUAUGACAAAUAGGCAGAAAGAGAGAAGGUAAGAGGACAUCUUUGUUUGUGUCAGCUGUUUAUUACCACCAGGAAGGUGUAAAGGCAGAUACCAUUUCCUCAUAAGGUCAGUUCCACAGGCAGAGUUUACUGACAUGGUAUGCACACAUCUGAGUUUCCUUUCUUAUGUUCUUGAACCUAGUUCGAUAGCAAAGAAUAUUCUGUGGGAUUUAAAAGAGGAAAACAGUAGUUAUGUGAUUGGUUAUUAAAAUUUAAAUUAUCCCCCUCCUCAAUAGUGCUUUUCUUGCUGUGCUGAACCAGGAGUCUGUGGCAACUCCUGCUGCUGUAGUGAUUAUUCAAUGCAUUUUUUUACGCAUUUACUGCCUAGGUGAGUACCUUGAAAGUACCCCAGGUUCAGGGCUUUCCAGUAGAAUUAAGUGAUCAAGAGCAUAAAGAGAGAACCAUGUCCUCAGGUCUUGUAUCUUAAGGCCAGGGUGCUGCAGCCUGGGGUGGGACAGACCAGUGUUUCUGUCUCACUAACAGCUCUGUACUGACCAGGUCACAGGGAGGAAUGGAAAGGAGGGAGGAAAGAAACAAACCCAACAAAAUAAACUUGAAAAGCUUAACUCAGGUGCAUCAGACAUUCUAAAAGGUGAGAUUUGCUUUUAAAGAAGUUAAAUAGCAUGGAAAGCAACAGCUUCCAUCUGUACUUUCUGCUGUUGAGGUGUCUCUUUCUUGGCCUCUGUGGAAGAGAACUGGCACUGGGAAGGUGGAGCACACAGCAGGAGUGUCUGAGCAGGUGGAAAAGAAAGCCACAAACAUGCUCAAGAGUAAAAUUUGUUUUCCUCCAUGUUUUAGUUUGACAAAAGAGGAUCCAUCUCAGGUUGGCCAUCAUGGGAUGGCAGCCGUGUUACAAAGGCAGGAUGAAGGCGGAUGUUUUCUGGGAAUGCCAUUCACCACUUAGAAGCUUUGCUUCUGCCAAGUUUUAACUCAAGCUUUUGAAGUGCAGCAGGGUGACUGUGCUCCUGUAGCAAACUAGGGAAGUUCAGCCUAUUGAGCAAACAAACAAAACUAGAGUGACUUUUUUACUCGCGUUUGCAAGCUUUCUACACCAAACUGCAGUGGCCAAGAGGAGGGGAUUAGGUAAAAACCACAGGAAGCAUCUAGUGUUUGAUUUUAGGCCUCUGAGUAGAGAAGAAUAAAAUACUUUUUCCAGCUUUUUAAUUUACCCCAUCUAUAGAAGUGUGGGUCUUGAUUGCUGUUGAGUUCAGACUGUUUCUGCCUUUGAACCUGUUCUCACAGUUUGCAGCAGCACAUGGGUGGGUCUGCACUGAGAAAAACACCCUGUGGUUUCUGUAUUGAAGCUGAAAAAACCCAACCCAACAACCCAAACCCUGAACACUUUUAUUUUCAGUGUUCUAGGAACAAUUUCGGUUCCUGGGCUCUGCAGGGGAGCAGCAACACUGCACCUUCUGGGAGGGCAAUAGGGAGCAAAUGCAAGGAGGGGAGAGGGCAGCAAUGGCCUGGUGCUUUUCAGUGAGCUUGUCACUGCUUGUAUAGGCUGUGAAAGUAUCAAACACCUCGUUUGGUACCCACUGAAUGCCAGGCACAGUCACUUGUGGUUGAGUUCCUUGAAGAUUAAAAAAAAAAAUAAAAAAAUCCCAUUAUAAAAUCUGUUUGUAGGUGAGCAGAGCUGGAGAGGAUGGAUACAGGGAGCGCUGCAGGAGCUUGGCUGAUGCCCGGGCAGAGUGUGGGGUUUGCUCAGACCAGGUCAGUCAGUUGCAUUUUCACAAAGGAAAGGACAGACACCUACCAAAGGGUCAUUUUCUUCAUGGAAAACCCACCAAGCAGCCACUUUGGCUUUUCAGGAGCCAGCUGGUCAUGAGGUGUGUUAUGGGGAUGCAGCAGCCCCAGGGGCAGAGCUGGUGUGUGACAUGAGGGGCAGUAAGGAGCUGGGUAAGUCAGGACUUGGAUCAAAUGACAUUUUAGCAAUAGUAAAAUUCAGUAAUUCCCUGUGCGAGAACCUGGCCAGAGGGGAAAGAUCACCUUUCAUGAGACAGCCAAUAUUUUAUUUAAUGGGUUUUGGAUGUUCCCCUUUACUGCUCCCAGGGAGAAAUUCCAGAAAGCCUAAGCCAGUAAGUACAUUCAGGCCUUCAGAGUAAAUCUUCAAUUUAAAAACAGAAGUGUCACAAUUCUAAAGAGGAACAGUACAGAAGAAAAUGUACACAGUCUUAACUACUUAGAGGUAAUAAAUUGUUAUAUUAAAUGAUAGAGAAAUCAUUAUCUACAUCUUUUUCUAAUUCCUUGCAUUUUCUAGACAGCUUAUUAAAAUAUAGAAAAUGUAGAUUCAUCUGUACAAAAUUUGGAAUGUUUUUUCUAAGAUGAAGAACUUAUAGGAUAUGCUACGAAUUCUUUUCUAACAACUGGUUUUAAUGCUUUGACUUAGAGGGACUUCGAGAUAUCAGAAGGUGACACCUUUCACAGGAUAAAGGUCAGGAGCUCUUAUACUCUAGGACAAAAAGAGAAAAAAAAAUGAAAAAGCUAACUUUCUGUGGUCUCUGCCACAUGUUAAAAACAAUCUGCAUGUUAGACUGAACUUGCUCAGAACCUCCAGAAUAAAAGCGUACUAUCCACUGUCCUCGCUUUGUUAUGCACUGUAACGAAAUGUGAAAAUAACGCUGUAUUUAGCUGUCUGUCUGUGACUGAAAACAUGCUUGUAUUUAGCAAAAUGGUUACUACGUGAUAAUGUGAAAUUCAAAACUUGUAAAGAAA